UAUGGACAUGAAUAGAGAACCUAUGUCAAUCAAAUUAGUUGUCAUUGGGGAUGGUAGUGUUGGAAAGACUUGUAUAUUAUUAAGGUAUACAUCAUAAUGACGAAAGUUACACAACUGAUAAAUUUCCAACUGAGUAUGUUCCCACAGUUUUUGAGAAUUACAUUACAUCUGUUAGUCUUGAUGGAAAACAAAUUAAUUUAAGUCUAUGGGAUACAGCUGGCUAAGAAACUUAUGAUAAAUUAAGAACAUUAUCAUAUUCAUAGGCUGAUGUCUUUUUAAUAGUAUUUUCAGUAGUAGACAGAACAUCAUUUGAUAAUGCAAAAAAUAAGUGGUAUCCAGAAUUAAGUGAAGGGAAUUUAAAAAAUAUACCAAAAAUUAUAGUGGGUAAUAAGAUAGAUUGUAGAAAUUCAACAGCAGAUAAACAUAUUUAAUUUGAAGAAGUAAUUAUAUUAAUAGAUUUCUUUUUAGGCUUCCAGAGACUUAAAAUCUUAAGAAUUAAUUUAUAAAGAAUGUUCUGCUUUGACUUAAGAAGGUUUAAAGGAAUUAUUUGAAGAAGCCAUUAAAUAAGGAUAUGAACAUAAAUAAAAGAAUCCAUAAAAUAAGAAUUAAUAGGACUAAAAGAUAUAAGAUUCAAAAGAAAAUUGUUGCUGCAAUGCUUUUUGA